AUGAAAAUUGCUCGUUAUAUACUGCAACAACUUUUCAAAUGUUGCUUUGAAUUUGUUCAGUUGGAUAAAGUUAUAUUUAAUCCUCAAAUGAUUAAAUUAUUGUUUGAUGAAAACAAAACAAAUAUGCCUCUACAAAUUCAUUCUCAAAGUGCCCAUCUAUUUAUUUUGACUAAAUCUGAUAAUUGUUUAUUGGAAUUUAUUUUAAAUCAUCUGUUUUCCAAAGAAUUUACUGUGGAUUUUUGGAAGUUCAACAGAAGAAUGCAAAAUAUAAAUAUUUUAUUUGAAAUUUUGACUAAAGGAGAAGAUAAAUUUGGUGUAAUUUCUUGUCGACAUGUUGAACCAGAAUUUUAUAAUAAAAUUAUGAAGGUGGGGGUUAAUGAGUAUUUGUAA